AUGAUAUGUGCUUUUGAAAGGAGCCUGCUUCAUUGGAUGUUAUUGAUGUUUUCUUUGAAGAAUACUUUGAGGGUAGGUACACAAGGCAAAGGCACUGUCGGGAAUAUGCUUCGAGUGGCAAUAUCCUUAAGGAUGAUGCAUGUUCAAGACCACCUCCUCCAUCGCCAUCAUUUCCAAGGACCCAAACAUGGCUUGAGAUUGUAUGAAAUCUUAGUAUGUUAUUGCUCAAAAGCAAUUCAUGGUGAUAAUAAUUUGUGUUUUUCACUGAAAUUUUGCCUUGUUGCAGUAGUGGCGCAUUUCUUCUUCUUCAUAUUAAAGUCAUCUUUUCUUCUAAUAAAUGUUAAGAUGUCUUAA